AUGUUACGAUCCACUUGUAGGUUCUUACCGAAGCUAAACAGACGAUUAAAUACUUCAUCAUCAGUGAGAAGGCAAAUCUAUGUGCCUGAAACUAAAGUCACCACUUUGCCGAGUGGUUUCCGGGUAGCUACUGAGAAUACAAAUAUCCAAACUGCUACAGUAGGUGUAUGGAUUGAUGCAGGAUCUCGUUAUGAGAAUGAAGAAAACAAUGGCACAGCUCAUUUCCUGGAGCACAUGGCUUUCAAGGGUACUUCGAAAAGAACAAGGCAUGGCCUUGAGUUGGAAGUUGAAAAUAUUGGAGCUCAUUUGAAUGCUUACACUUCUAGAGAACAAACAGUAUAUUAUGCCAAGUGCUUCAAAAAAGACAUAGAGCAAUCUGUUGAAAUCUUAUCUGACAUUUUAUUACAUAGUAAGUUAGAUGAACGUGAUAUCGAAGCUGAACGUGGAGUUAUUAUCAGAGAAAUGAGAGAAGUAGAACAAAAUUUCCAGGAAGUUGUUUUUGAUCACUUGCAUACGGAAGCUUUUUUGAAUAAUCCACUUUCCAUGACUAUACUUGGACCAGAAGAGAAUAUUAAUACUAUUUCAAAGAAGCAUUUAUUGGAUUAUAUUUCGACCCACUACCGUUCUGGACGAAUGGUUCUUGCUGCUUCUGGUGGCAUCGACCAUGAUGAAGCUGUCCGGCUAGGAGAGAAAUACUUUGGCCGUUUACCAUUAGGUGAUGCUUCUGCUAAUUUCCAACCUGCAGUCUUCACACCAUGUGAUAUUAAUUUAAAGUACGAGGGUAUGGGCUUCAUUUAUGGUGCUGUAGUAGUAGAAGGUGUUUCAUGGACACAUGAAGAUAAUCUAACACUUAUGGUUGCGAACACGCUCUUGGGCGAAUUUGAUAGAAGUCGUGGAUUUGGUAUGACUGCACCUUCACGAUUGGCGUUAAGACUAGGAAGACAUGCUGGAGUCCAAUCUUUCCAGGCUUUCAAUACUUGCUAUAAGGACACUGGCCUUAUUGGAAUAUAUUUCGUAGCCGAAGAAAACUCUUCCGAAGCUCUCAUUGACGCCAUUACCGAAGAAUGGAAAUGGCUGGCAAGCUCUGUUGACGAAGCGAGUGUUGAGAGAGGGAAGCGAACCCUCCUUACAAAUUUAUUGCUGAUGUUGGAUGGCUCAACACCUAUUUGUGAAGAUAUAGGAAGACAGCUGCUCUGCUAUGGGCGUAGGAUGCCGAUCCCCGAAUUGGAAGAAAGAAUAAAGGCCAUUACCGUUGAUACUGUCAGAAAUGUUUGCCAAAAACGCUUCAUCAAUAGGAAAGUUGCAACUGCUGUGAUCGGGCCGACAGACCGAUGGCUUGGCAAAGGAGAAAUAGAGAAGAAGCUGUUCAACUAA